AUGACGAAGUUGCUCGCCCCAGAAGAUGGAAUAGUUGUAUCAUGGAACAAGCGACUAAAAGGAAGAUUUUUGAAGACGAACUCGCUGCUGGGAACUUUCCGGAAGAAAAGUGACGGAAAAGAAGUGAAGCUAAAGGCUCCCGAUGGCGGUGGAUUCGUCACCAAAAUCACCAUUGAUCCCGAAUGUCCAGUUUCUUGUGGGGAAGAGCUACUGAGCUUGAAGCCAUGCGCGCACGAAGUGGUGAUGAAGGAUAUGUGUGCAGCGUGCGGCGGCGAUCUGCGCAAACUGCACGCUGAAGAAGACACGACGAACGGAUUCGGACCAAAGAAGACCCUUGCCGACUUGCCGAUGCAUGCGAACGUGCAGGCGGUGCAUAGUCUGCCCGAGUUGCGUAUUUCGGAAGGCGAGGCGCAGCGGGCAGCUCACGAAGAAAUCCAACGCCUGCACGACAGCAGGAAACUCGUGCUUUUAGUCGAUCUUGAUCAGACGGUGAUCCAUACGACGCAAAAUAGACCUAAGAAACUGACGAAAAAUACGAUUUCUUUUCAACUGACCAGGCAGGAUCCCUGGCUCUGGACUAGAUUAAGACCUUUUUGCGCAAAAUUCAUUCAUGAAAUGUCGGAGAAAUACGAGCUACACAUUGUGACUUUCGGCUCCCGCCAAUAUGCCCACAAGAUCGCCGAAAUUCUUGAAGAUCAGACGCGACGCCAAUUGAAUCUAGAUUCGAGCAAGUCGUUCUUUUCACAUCGGAUUUUAUCGCGGGAUGAAUGUGUCGACCCUUUCCAUAAAUCCGGCAACUUGGAGCAUUUGUUUCCUUGUGGGGACUCGAUGUGUGCAAUCAUUGAUGAUAGAGGAGACGUUUGGAGGUAUUCGCCCAACUGUAUUCUUGUUAAAAAGUAUCAUUUCUUUACAGACACAGGAGAUAUCAACGACCCGCACGCUUUCAAAUCAACACUGCCGCCUACUUCUCAAACCCAGCACGAGCUUCCUGACAAAGACAAGGCCAUAUCUUCAACUGAUGCCGAAAAUGAAAAUGUGAAAAGCCCUGAAAACGACGCUGAAAGUGCUAAAAAAUUGGAAUCAGGGAAGAACUUGAAUAGCUCCUCCGAUUCUUCCUCUUCUGAUUUAAAUAAAUCUACUUCUGGAUCGUCUGAGGGCUCUGGAGAAGUCCAAAAAGAAGAUCAGAACACGAGGGACUCGGACUCAAGGGAUGCUGCCGAGCAGCUAGCUAAAGUUCCCGAGGAAGAAGUCGAUGACGACAAAGAUGUCUAUCUCGUAAGGCUUCAAGAAAUACUGAAUGACAUCCACGAGGAUUAUUACAAAAAGUACGAUGCUCUAACGAAAGAGCAGCGCGUUCCCAGUGGAUAUCACUUACCAGACGUCAGGAACAUAUGCGUUGGAAUCCGAAAAAAUAUUCUGAAAGGCUGUCAUUUGGUGUUUUCUGGCGUGGUACCUACCGGCUGUCCGAUGGAAGAACACCGUGCCAUAAAGAAUGCGCGCGCGAUGGGCGCGGUUAUUCAUGAGCGAGUUCAAAAAAAUACGACUCAUUUAAUUUGCGCUCGGCCUGGCACCGCCAAGCAUAAUGACGCCAAGAGAAAAGCGAACAUUUUCGUAGUCAAUCCAGCGUGGCUCUGGGUCACCUAUCAUGAGUGGAGACGCCAGGACGAGGCAGACUUCGAAAUACAUACGAAGGGAACAGAGGAAGAGGCCGAAGAGCUUGAGCGAAUCGCUAGACAGGCCAAACAAGCAAGACGUGCUCCUCGUUUCUCGAUUCCCAACGUUACAGAUUCAUCGGACGCUCUUUCGGCUGAGUUUAUCAGUCAAAUGGACAAAGAAGUGGAAGAAAUCCUCAGCUCGAGCGAUGACGAAGAUACAGAGAUGGAUGAUUUCGUCCCUGGAGUAUUAAAUGAUGAUAAUGACGAUGGGUCGGAGUCGGGUUCAGAUGCUGGCAGUGUCAACAACGCCGCGUAUGACGACCUGGCUAUGUCUGAUUCGAACUCGUCUGGAGCCUCUAAUCCUCCGGCCAAAAGAUCCAAGUUAGAUCCUGAAGCAUCAGAAGAAGAGGACGACGAUGAAUGGGAUGACAACGCUGCAGCGCUACUUGACGACCAGUUUUAA